UCUAACUACCCUGAAAACCUCAUGCAAAACAAAUCAGGAUGAAUGCUCAAUAAACACGCCAUUUGGAAGUGACCGAUGUGCAGCCUGGCAGAAGUUAUAGACAUUCCGCGUACAGCUGCAAAAUGCCCUAUUCUGUGACAUCACCUACAUUCCACUUCCUCUGGAGGGCAUCCCUGCCAAUUAAGCCCGAGGGCCCCACUGUAACAAGAUGAAACAGGCGGUCUGCAGCAACCUGCGAGGAGUCAAGCGAGAUGGUGAAAAGACGCCAGAAAGCAAACAUCCUGGUCCUUUGUGCUCUGCUGCUUCUAAUUGCUGUCCUUGGCCUCGUUCUGUUCAUUAUCUUCACCAACAUCACACAUGGCCAAGAAACCUGCAACACUACAACAUGCCUUGUGUUCCUGGCCAGACUGCUGAAUGUCCAUAACAAGAGCAUAGAUCCAUGUGAUGAUUUCUUCAGUUACACUUGUGGCAACUGGGAAGCUAACCAUACACAGGGGAUACACAUGCCAUUGGUGAAUGUCUUUGACGUACUCUUGGAAGAAAAUCAGCUGAUCAUGAGACGACGCUUAGAAGAGCCACAGCUUGGAGUUUACAGCUCAGCAGAGGAGAAAGCCGUACAGUUUUACACCUCUUGCAUGAAUACAGAACAGAUUGAAGCUCAAGGUGCUCAGCCUUUGAAGGAGCUUGUAAAUGAGAUUGGUGGCUGGAACAUCACAGGAUCCUGGAAAGAGACAGAUUUCAACCAGACUCUUCAGAUGCUCAUGGGAAAAUACAAUACUUUCCCUUUCUUCAAAGCCUAUGUGGGACCCAGCUCCUCUGAUCCAAGCACCAAUAUUAUCCAGAUUGACCAUCCAGAGUUUGAGUUGCCACCAGAAAACCACUUCAAGAAAACAGUGAAUUAUCCCCAGGUUCUUCGUUCAUACUUCUUGUACCUUAAGAAACUAGGAGACCUGAUGGGAGGCCAUGCAGCCAUUACUUACACUUACAUUUCCUUGGCAUUCUCUUUUAUCUCCAACCUCCAGAAGGCAGUUACUCCCUUGGAGACGCGACUGGAGAAAAGGAUGCUAUUUUAUACCACCACCAUCAAGGAGCUGCAGGAAAAGGCUCCUUCUAUUGAUUGGCUGUUGUGCCUCCAGGCAACUUUCCAUCCACUGCAGUUGAACAUGUCUCAACCAAUUGUUGUGCACGACAUGGAUUAUUUGAAAGGAAUGUCACAGCUAAUUGGAGAAUGGCAGAACCGGAGGGAUGUACUACAGAUCUACAUGAUACUUUAUCUGAUUAGGAAUCUUUCCCCAGCCCUCGAUAGACAAUUUGAAGAAGCUCGUCAGGAAUUCACAGACAAGUUAUAUAGCAGGACAAGAGGAUCAGAAAUGUUAAGAGCUGAGCGUUGGAGAAAAUGCCUAAGCGAGACCAGCAUGUUCUUUAGCCCUGUACUUGGGAAAAUGGUUGUGCAGGAGAUUUUCUCCCAGAAGGCCAAGGAUCUCGCUGAGCAGAUGUUCUCUGAGAUUCGAGAUGCCAUCCACAGCCGCCUGGAUCAAGUGGAGUGGAUGGGAAGUCAGUCCCGCCGAGAAGCCAAGGAGAAAAUUUAUAGGCUCCAGGUGGAGAUUGGUUACCCAGACAGCAUCCUUCAAACACAUAAAGUCAAUGAUGAGUAUCAAGAGCUGGAGAUUUACAAAGAUAACUUUUUCCAUAAUGUAAUUGCCUGCCUGAAGUCUCUGCGAAAGAGGUUGUUGCUGAGGCUCAUCAAUCCCCAUCUACAGGAUAAUUGGGAAGUGCCCCCUUGGUCCGUACAUUCAUACUACUCACUGAGGCGCCACGCUGUUGUUUUCCCUGCUGGAAUGUUCCGCAACCCUUUCUUCCAUACUGAAUUUCCCAGUGCUGUGAACUUUGGAGCCAUGGGUUUUUUUAUGGCGCAUGAGCUGCUACAUUCCUUCUAUGAUUAUGUGUUGCCUGAGAACUGUUCUGCCUGUGACACGAAAACACGGCCACAGGGUAUAGAGUGUCUUGUGAAACAGUAUGAGAGCUACUCCUUGAAGGGCCACAGCAUCAAUGGCUCUUUCACCCUCCUGGAGAAUGCAGCUGACACUGGGGGACUUGCUAUUGCUUACCAGGCCUAUAAGAACUGGUUGGCAAAGCACAGAGUGGUGAAGGUGUUACCUUGGCCUGGGCUCUCACACCAUCAGCUCUUCUUCAUCAGCUUUGCUCACGCAAUGUGUGGACACCAGAGCCUCGAGGAACUGCAGACCUUCUUACACAGGGAUCCACACAGCCCCCCACCACUCCGUGUCCGUGGUUCCUUAAGCAAUAGCCAGGAUUUCUCCAGGCACUUCCACUGUCCGAGUAAAUCGCCAAUGAAUCCAACUGUGAAGUGCCACAUCUGGUAAAGCAACCUGAAGAGUGUGUGAUGCAAAAAAGAUGGAGACUGAAGCUGCAGGAUCAUGUGGACCCCUUCUUCCUCCACUACUUCCACCCAAGUGGUCAUGGUGGAACAAAAUUCCAUCCUUUUACCAGGAAGAAAGAGAAUACAGAGAAGAUACUGCUUUGUAGAAAGCUGCUAUUGUUCUCUUUACAUCCUGACCUGCCUUAGGGGAGUUUCAGAUUGGGGAACUGAAGAUCAGUUGACAAGUCUGGUGACUGUGUUUAGCGGCUCUGUUCCAAUCAAAGAUGACAAUUCCAGUGAGAGACUCUCUGACUAUUAUGGAAUGGUGAGACACUAAGACGCCAUUUAUGCCAAACAUGGUUUGUGUUAACCGUAGUUUAGAACACAAUCCAUGACCUAGUUCUUGGUGCCAUAAGGCUUUGUUAUUUUUGCUAAGAUAGACUAACACGUCUACCCCUUUGGAAACUCAUUCAGGUGUUAAAUCUAUGUGUAAACAGUGCCACAUCAGAAUGCAGGUAGGGAUUCAUAUCACUGAUUGCUUAUCCUUCAUACAAAACAUUCUCUCCAUGUCGAAAACUAGAUAAGAGUGAGAAGGAUUCUGUUUUGCCUCCUUCUUUACAUACUAGUUUCCUAAGUUCAGGGUUGUUUUUUUUGUAUAAAGAAUUCUAUCAUGGGAGUCUGAAGUGGUACACCCAGACACAAGUUGACCAGUGAGAACUAGGCCAUGGUUUGAUCUUGCGAAUGCCUAAAGGCAAGCCAUAGUUUAAAGCUGCUUAUUAGCUUUUGUCCCCUCAGCUUCAAAGUCCUCUCCUAUGUCCAUGGUGCAGUGACAAAAAGAUGGUUGUACAGUUUUGUCAAACUAGAGUUAGCAGACACCAUGGUUUCCAAAACCAUUUUAAAUCAUGAUUUCUCAUUCUGGUUUGCUGACUGACCAUAAACCAUGGCUUGUCAAUUCAGACAUUGCACCAAGCCAUAAAAAGUCAUGGUUUGGUGUGAUGUUUGAAUUGUACUGUAUCUAACUAAAUAUACAUUAUUAAAUGUGCUUUUAUUUUACACCUUAUACAUGCAAUACAGUCUUGAGAUUAAGGUUGUGUAAAGGAAGUGAGAUUGUUUUUCUCCGUAUUCCAUCAUCUGAGCCCUAAUUAACAGGUUGUUGCUUGGUGGCCUGUGGCCUCAAUCUAACCUCCAAAGCAAAUAUCUGGUCACUUGAGGCAGUACCAAAUUUUAAUAAAGGUGUGGUUAAAAAUGUUCAGUUUUACUUACAGGGAAAAGAAAUCUCCAUCUAUAUUUCAUAGACAUGCUAUUGCAUUGCUAACAUAUUCAUUCUGGAAAAAGGCAUGAGACUACUGCUAAUGUGCCUCUUGAGGCAAUCUUUCAGGAAGCAAAUUCUUUCCUCAGCUCUACGGUCCAGAAGUCCUGCCAUCCAGGCAUGUGUGUUCAAUACUGCUAUGUGACACCAACUUUAUUGUAGAACCUGGUGAUUAGGUUUGCUGGGACAUGGACCCUGAAACUCAUGGGGUGCAACCAGGGAAUGAAAGAGCAGAGCCUGGCAACUCAGGGGUGGAGUCUGAUAAGAUGGUACAAUGCCUAGUGGCACCUGGUGAGGGCAGAAGACGGCAUCAGGCAAGACGGGAAAGAGCCUAGUUGUGCCUGGUGCCACAAGAGUGGAACCUCAUUGACACAAAAAUGGAGCAAAUAGUAAAGAGUCAUCUCAAGCCAAUAAGAAAACAGCCUGUCCAUGUGAUGUGGCUUUUCACACUGAAAUUUUACUCCUCUCUCUGAAGACUCUGAGAAGACUAAAACCCUGACAUUUCAGAUUUAUCCCCAAAGAACAGCAGCCCUGCUGACCACUGGUGUUCCAUUCCUCAGACUGCUGUAGUUCCAGAAUAACGGCUCCCAAGAGCAACAUGUCUAUCCCAGGUGUAAUCCAAUGUCCACUGGAGUAUGUGGAGAGCCUAUUUUAAUAUAAAUGGACAAUAAUUGUAUCCUUUGUUCUAGUGCAACUCUUUAAAUCAGAGGUGAUUAACCUAAUGUCCUCUGUUGUUUUUAGACUCCAACUCCCAAUCAGCCUCAGCAGCCAGUAUGGCCAAUGGUGAGGGAAGAUGGGAGCUGUAGUCCAACAACAUCUGGAGGACACUACGUUGGCUACUAUUGCAGCUCUUUUCUGCUGUUACCUGAGGCUUUUCAUUGGUUUCCUGCUAAAUGAGCUUGCUGCAGCAACAAAUGCAUAAACCAUUCUGUAGCAUAGCUUCUCUCACAAAUACAAGAAGUUGUGCCUCAUUUCAGUGUACAUAAUGAGGAGAGUAGUCGGGGGGGGGAAGCUCAAAAUAUUUCUAGAGAAAGGACAAAGGAGAUCUUUUCCAGCCUGUUCUGCAAGGGAGGGGAAGGGAGGAGAUUGCUAUUUAUUGUUUGAUUGCCUGAGCUCAUCAACAAGACCUGCUGAUUGAAAACUUUUCCUUUUAAAUAAAAGUGGCAAUGUUAAGCAUAACAUACCUGACAUAACAUAUUGUUUCAUCCUGUUUCUUGUGUAUGUUUUCAGCCUAAGUAGCAUUUUUGAAACAUGUUGAACUCGGGUCUCUGUUUGAAAUUGACUCUACAUCUUAGGACCCCCACACUCUGUAUCAAUGAUCUAUUUGGUGGGUACAUACAGUUCCCCAUGUGCAACAGUGAAAUGCAUCCCACUGCUAUGCAUGAAAACUUGUGGAGGGAAUUAUUAUUUUUCCCUGGAAAUUCUGUGUCUUUCCCCCUAUGUUGUCUCCACUUUGGACCAAACUAGUUGGGAUACAUAAGAACAUAAGAAGAGCCUGCUGGAUCAGGCCAGUGGCCCAUCUAGUCCAGCAUCCUGUUCUCAC